AUGAGCACACAGAUACCCGGAGUACCCCCGCAGGAACAGAAGAGCCUGCCUUCGGACACGCCCGGGAAGGGCAAGACGACGAUGCACAAGAUCAUGGAGGUGGGAACGGGCAUGAUGCAGAGCUUCGCGCCCGUCAAGCAGAUUGACAUGCACCUCUCGGGCUUCGCCUUCUACAAUGGCCAGCUGGAUCGGCAGGUUGAGUUGCACCACUACUGCAGCCGAGUCAACGACGAGGUCACGCAGUGCGCGGUCUAUGAGAGCGACAAGUCCGACGCCCGCCUCCUUGGCGUUGAGUACGUGAUCAGCGAGCGCCUGUUCAGGUCGCUCCCGGAGGAGGAGCAGAUCUACUGGCACAGCCACGCCACUGACAUCAAGAGUGCAAGCUUCAUCGCUCCCGGUUUGCCUGAGACCAUGCAGCGGCCGCUUGCACAGGAGCUGGCAAACACCUACGGCAAGACCUUCUUGAUGUGGCAGGUGGACAGGGGCGACGUCCUCCCUCUCGGACCUCCUCAGUUGAUGAUGGUCUGCACGCGCACAGAGCAGUGGAAGCCGGAGCUGUUUGCCCACAGGGACCAGAGGCUCGGCGUUGACUCUGAGAAGAUUCGUGAGGCGAGGAAGGACCUCGAUGCCCAUCCCGUGCAAGGCCUGGCCGACCACUGGACCACGCGUCCGCCCCUCCAGUGCUGCGUCACCCCGGUCAACAAGUGA